AUGGAUCUACCUGCCAACACAGGUGGAUGCAUACCUGAGAGUGCCAGCAGAGAACAAAUUGAAAUGGUAAACUCCAGCAGUACUUUUUCCUCCACUUUCUAUCUCACUGGCAUCCCCGGAUAUGAGAAAUAUCACCACUGGAUUUCCAUCCCAUUCUGUCUUCUCUACCUUGUGGGAAUCACAGGGAACUGCACCAUCCUGCAUAUAGUGAGAACAGACCGCAGGCUGCAUGAGCCCAUGUACUACUUCCUGGCCAUGCUUUCCCUCACUGACAUGGGUAUGUCCCUGCCCACAAUGAUCACACUCUUCCGCGUGUUGUGGUCCAUCUCCAGGGAGAUCCAGUUCAGUGUCUGUGUGAUCCAAAUGUUUUUUAUUCACACUUUCUCCCUCACUGAAUCUUCUGUGCUGCUGGCCAUGGCCCUAGACAGGUAUGUGGCCAUCUGUCACCCUUUGAGAUAUGCUACCAUCCUCACACCAAGACUUAUCUCUAAAAUUGGAAUUGCAUCCCUGCUCCGGAGUGCUUUUGCCAUGAUCCCACUUUUGGCUAGGCUGGCCUUCUUUUCUUUCUGCCAUUCCCAUGUCCUUUCUCACUCCUAUUGUCUGCACCAGGACAUGAUGCGACUUGCAUGUGCUGAUAUCACCUUUAAUGUAAUGUAUGGAUUAUUUCUGAUCAUUGUGCUGUGGGGCAUGGACUCUCUGGGUAUUUUUGUGUCCUAUGUGUUCAUACUUCACUCAGUAUUGAAAAUUUCAUCCCGUGAGGGGAGGUUUAAGGCUCUCAACACAUGUGCAUCCCACAUCUGUGCUGUACUCAUCCUGUAUGUUCCUAUGGUUGGGCUAUCCAUUGUUCACCGUUUUGCAAGACAUUCCUCUCCUCUCCUCCACAUCUUCAUGGCUCAUAUCUAUUUACUAGUUCCUCCUGUACUCAACCCAGUCAUCUACAGUGUGAAGACCAAGCAGAUCCGCCAAGGAAUACUCCACCUGUUUCUCCCCACCAAACAUAAUCAGUUCUCUGGUGAUUUAGGCAUGUCUUUAAGGCAAUGA